CCUCCACCUCCACCACCACCGCCGAAAAGCUCCCCCGAAAUCCUGUUUCCGCCUUUCCUGGUGGAGCGGCCACAGGGAGGAGCAAGCCCUUCUCAGUGUGUCGAGUUUUCGUGGAAGGCGGGAGCUGUUUUGAGCCCGUGAACGGUAUCAAUAAGGGGCCCCAAAUUUUUGCCGAAGUAAAGGGCGCGGGAAACCACGGCUGUUUCUAGCCCUCUGCGCUCUCCCAACCCAAAAAACAAAAUAGAAACACAGGCUCGUACUCAGUACUGGUCGAGGCGGGGGAGGAAAUGAGAGCCGGGGCGGGCCCGCUAGGGCGCGGGUCCCGGCGGCAAGUUGGGAGGGACCGCGGGGCGAGCCAGACCGCCUCAGCAUUGCCUCACUGGGCUGUAGACGCGGGGCGUGCAGGGCCACGGCGACGGGCGCGCGAACCCGGCCGUUGCGCGCGCGGCGCUGCCCGCGGAGGUUUCCGGGCGCGCCGGCCGCCUCGCCGCCGGGAGACAAAGGGGUCGACUGCGGCCGCGGCCGGGACGGAGACUGUCGGCUCCCAACCAGCGCUGCCCACGUCGGUCCGAACACGCUUGCGGAAGCACCAAACCGUGGGUUUGUUUGCCAUGCGGUCCUGCAGGCACUGACCUUUGCCCUCCGGUUAGAGCUUCGGUUUUCAGAUGCCAAGAAAAAGCAACGACGUUUUCUUCUCUUUUGCUAUCACUUCACUCUUAGCCCGUCUCCUACGCCUUCUCCAUUUUUUCCCCUAAACUCUGCUUUCUUUAGUUGGUUUUUUCUGUGUUCUGACGUGAAAUCAAUGUUUUCAGGUGCACGAAUUUUUCACCCUUGCUUUCUGGUGGUGGUGGUGGUUUUGCUGAUCCAUUUUUUUUUCCUCCCUCUGUUCGACUCCCUUUGCGAUUACUUUUUAUUCCACCUUCAUUGUGUUUCAUAGAGAAACAAAAUAGCCUGCUGACAAAGUAUUUCUUUGCGUCCAAGAGACAGACUGUCCGUGUUGUAUGUAGUAAUUGCUUUAAACUGAGUGGAAAUUUGGGGAAAGUUCAAGUGGAUUUUUAUCUUCAUCUGGGUCUAACUGGAAUACCUACUCACACUCAAUGAAAACAUUCUAGUGGGGUUUUUUUAGAAUCAGAAAUAUUUAAGCAGAGACCUCAGGAUGGUAAAUUUUCUAAUGAAACCAACUACACACAAAAAUACAAAGAAGGGGUUUUUUUUGUAUGUUUUUUUGUAUUAUUAGAGAUCCUUGAGUCCCAAUAUUAAGAAAUCAAAAUACAAAAACCUUUACUAACGCUUUUAUUAAACUUCAAAACAAAAAUUUUAAUAAAGUACACAAUCUCAAGAUAUAAAUAGCUAUUGCUGAGAACCUAACAUUAACUCUGCCUCUGAACAGCCAUUAAAAGAGACUAAUAACAGUGAUAUAUGCCACUUUAGAAAUGAAAGAACCCUAGUAAUUAUGAACUUCAAACAAAUCUAGCAAAUUAGUAUCAAUUUUGUUCGUAUGAAAUAUGUUCACCAUGAUAAUAAAAAUACAUUUAAAUUUUUUAUUUUCCUUUGAACAUUUUAAAGAUUCAUGACUUCUUGUGUGAACAAUAAGAAAUAAAGUGUUCUUAACAUUGGGAAAAUAUAUUUGAAGACAAGACUUCAUCCAGCCUGAAUUUUUAAAAAACGAGUGCUUAGUACACCAAUAAAAGAAAAAUAUUACUACAUUAUUACAAAAUUCUAAAAGUCAGACUCAAAUGAAGAACAAAGCAAUCUUUACUCAACAUUCACAAUGCCAGCCUUCCUUUGUGAAUAUUUAUAAAAAUAUUCUUCUUCCUUAUUGGUUUAAAUUCUAAGCCAAUAGGAAAAGUACAACAAAGGGUGAGACAUCAGCAUUGGGUUAAAACAUUGGAUAAACAGAUUGUUUAUCAUGCUCAUUCUCCUUCAAGAUCAUAUAUCUUUUAAUUUCAAAGAAGAAAUUUAAGGGGCGCGGGGGUGGCUCAGUCGUUAAGUGUCUGCCUUCGGCUCAAUCCCAGAGUCCUGGG